GCAUCCGAGGAGGGAUGCAGUUUGAGAAAGGCGCAGGCGCGUCCUGCGUGGCGUUCAGUUUGAGAAAGGCGCAGGCGCAGAAACGCCUGGGGAAAGCGUGGAGCUGAGUGAGGUCUGGUCCCGGCGAGAAGGCUGGAGGCCUCAGGCUUGUAAGGGAGAUUGAAGUCUCUGUGACCCUUCAUCAUGUCCGUGUUUCACGAUGAGGUGGAAAUCGAGGAUUUCGAGUAUGAUGAGGAGACGGAGAGCUAUUAUUAUCCGUGUCCGUGUGGGGACAAGUUCGUCAUUAGCAAGGAAGACCUGGAAAAUGGGGAAGAAGUUGCAACUUGCCCAAGUUGUUCUUUGAUAAUCAAAGUAAUUUAUGAUAAAGAUCAGUUCAUGUCUGGAGAAAUAGUGGAAAUGGUGACUACAGAUAAAUUAGAAAAAAUGAAAUGCUGAUUGCUGUGAUGCACUCUUCUGAUGAAUACAUGAGGCAUUUUCUGAUGAAUACAUGAGGCAUCUUCUGAUGAAUACAUGAGGCAUCUUCUGAUGAAUACAUGAG